AGCCAGGAACAAAGGAAUUUUGAAGAAGAACGGAGUUGGACUGGAACAGAAAAUUUUCUCAAAUAUAGAAGUUCUUAGGAAUAUCGCCUUAAUUUCUUUUCUGUUCGAAAAGUUUAUAAUAUAAUAAAAACGAAAAGUAAAUAGGAAUAUUGGGCUUCUUCGUUUUUUUCGCUUCAAACAUAACCCUAUCUGUAUUGUGGAAAUGGCUUUAAAAAGAAUCAACAAGGAACUACAAGAUCUUGGCAGAGAUCCUCCGGCACAAUGCUCUGCUGGACCAGUUGGUGAUGAUUUAUUUCACUGGCAAGCAACAAUAAUGGGACCUCCGGAUAGUCCAUAUCAAGGUGGUGUGUUUUUCUUAACAAUUCAUUUUCCAACAGACUAUCCAUUUAAACCACCAAAAGUUGCAUUCACAACUCGUAUAUAUCAUCCGAACAUUAAUAGCAACGGUUCGAUUUGCCUCGACAUUUUAAGAUCCCAAUGGUCACCAGCACUUACUAUUUCUAAAGUUUUACUCUCAAUUUGCUCUCUUCUUUGUGAUCCGAAUCCUGACGAUCCACUCGUUCCUGAAAUUGCAAGAAUAUAUAAAACUGAUCGAGAAAAAUAUAAUGAGCUAGCUCGAGAAUGGACUAGGAAAUAUGCUAUGUGAUGCGUUCCAGUUUGUAAGAUCGAUCCGUCAUGUAAAACAAAUAAACACGUUAAAAUAAAAACAGUUAAAAGAUACAAACAAAAGCUCUCCUAAACAUUUAUUAUUUUUGAGAAAAAAACUAAAUAAAUUCAAAUAUUCAUUAAAUAAAACUAAA